AACCCGGAGGGGGGAAGGUGGACUCCGUCCGUCCGACCGUCGCCUCUCCGGCUGAGCCCCGUCCCUCGCCAGACGCUCGUGGGGAACGGCCUUGAGGAGGUGGACAAUGAAAGCGCCCAGCCCACACUUGAUUCUCUUGUACGCUACGUUCACCCAGAGCCUGAAGGUUGUGACGAAGAGAGGCUCAGCCGACGGAUGCACUGAUUGGUCUGUGGAUAUCAAGAAAUAUCAAGUUUUGGUGGGAGAGCCCGUUCGAAUCAAAUGCGCGUUAUUUUAUGGAUAUAUCAGAGCCAAUUACUCCCUGGCCCAAAGCGCUGGACUUAGUUUGAUGUGGUAUAAAAGUUCCGGACCCGGAGACUUUGAAGAGCCCAUUGCAUUCGACGGAACAAGGAUGAGCAAAGAAGAGGAUUCUAUUUGGUUUCGGCCAACGCUAGUUCAGGAUAGCGGGCUUUACGCCUGUGUCAUCAGAAACUCCACCUACUGUAUGAAGGUGUCCAUCUCGCUCACGGUCGGGGAGAAUGACACCGGCCUCUGCUACAACUCCAAGAUGAAAUACUUCGAAAAAGCAGAGCUCAGCAAAAGCAAGGAGAUCUCCUGUCGCGACGUGGAGGAUUUCUUCAUGCCGUCGCGGGAGCCGGAGAUCCUGUGGUAUAAGGAAUGUCAGGCGAGGCCCUGGAGGCCCAGCAUCGUGUUCAAAAGGAACGUCCUCCUCAUCCGGGAAGUCCGGGAGGACGACAUCGGAAACUACACCUGCGAGCUGAAGUCCGGAGGCUUUGUCGUCCGGAGGACCACCCACCUGACCGUCACAGCGCCGCUGACGGACCGGCCCCCGAAGCUCCUGCAUCCGCUGGAGAGUAAACUGACCGUCCAAGAGAUCCAGCUUGGAAAUUCUGCGAAUCUAACCUGCAGGGCUUUCUUUGGCUACAGUGGGGAAGUCAGUCCUCUCAUUUACUGGAUGAAAGGAGAGAAGUUUAUUGAAGAUCUGGAUGAAAAUCGAGUCUGGGAAAGUGAUAUUAGAGUUCUUAAGGAGCAUCUCGGGGAACAGGAAGUUUCCAUCUCCUUGAUCGUCGACUCGGUAGAGGAAGGGGAUCUGGGAAAUUACUCGUGCUACGUCGAGAACGGGAAUGGGCGGCGGCAGGCCAGCGUGCUGCUUCACAAGAGGGAGCUGAUGUAUACGGUUGAACUAGCCGGUGGGCUCGGUGCUAUACUGCUGCUGUUGAUUUGUUUAGUGACUGUCUACAAGUGUUACAAGAUUGAGAUUAUGCUCUUCUACAGGAAUCAUUUUGGAGCCGAGGAGCUGGACGCAGAAAAUAAGGAUUAUGACGCCUACCUGUCGUAUACCAAAGUGGAUCCCGACCAGUGGAAUCAAGAAACGGGGGAAGAGGAGAGGUUUGCUCUGGAGGUCCUUCCGGACAUGCUCGAAAAGCAUUAUGGCUAUAAGUUGUUCAUCCCGGACAGAGAUCUCAUCCCAACCGGAACCUACAUCGAGGACGUGGCCCGCUGCGUGGACCAGAGCAAGAGGCUGAUCAUCGUCCUGACGCCCAGCUACGUGGUGCGUAGGGGCUGGAGCCUCUUCGAGCUGGAGACCCGUCUGCGGACCAUGCUGGUCACCGGCGAGAUCAAGGUCAUCCUCAUCGAGUGCAGCCGGCUCAGCGGGCUGGUCAACUACCAGGAGGUGGAGGCCCUGAAGCACACCAUCAAACUGCUGACCGUGGUCAAGUGGCGCGGCCCGCGCAGCAACCGCCUCAACUCCCGCUUCUGGAAACGCUUGCGCUACGAGAUGCCUUUCAAGCGGGCCGAGCCGGCCCGCCACGAGCCGGUGCUGGACGCCAGCGAGCGAGGGCCCUUCGGGGAGCUGCAGACCGUGUCCGCCAUCUCCAUGGCCGCCGCCACCUCCACCGCUCUGGCCCCCGCCCACCCGGACCUGCGCCCCCCUUUCCCCAACACCUACCACCCCCAGAUGCGCCAGAAACACUAUUACCGGAGCUACGAGUACGACGUGCCCCCGGCCGGGCCCCUGGCCCUGCCCCUGCCCGCCGUCGCCCACCAGCACACCUACUGCAACAUCCCCAUGACCCUGCUCAACGGGCAGCGGGCCCAGACCAAGCCCGCCCGGGACCAGACCCCGGACGAGGCCCACACGAACAGCGCCGUCCUGCCGCUCUUGCCCAGGGAGACCAGCGUCUCCAGCGUCAUCUGGUGACGGGGACCCCCUCCCUCCCCG